AUGGCGUUCAUGGCAGGGGCGGCACUCUUGGAGGCGAUCGCGAGGAAGGAGAGGGAGGAAAAGGAGGAGAAGAAGUUACAUGCAGAAACUGUAGGAGUAAGUGACUCGAUGAUGAAGAAGUGCAAGGAGGCGAUGGACACGAUUCAAGCAGCACUGAGACUCUAUGAGCCAAAAGAAAUGGCGAUAAGCUUCAAUGGCGGUAAAGAUGCUACGGUUCUGCUGCACUUGGUGAUGGCAGGGAUCGCAAGCAUGAACGAGAGAUGGGAGAGCAUGGAAGAGCUGGCGUGUGUGUACUUCGAAGAUGAAGAAUGCUUCGAAGAGGUGGAGGAGUUCAUACGGCAAUGCCAGGAACAGUUUCACCUUCGCAUCAUUCGACUGAAAACUGGAUACAAAGAUGGCUGCGCGCACAUGAUCGACAACUUCGGAACGAAAGCUUUCUUCCUCGGGACUCGCAAAUCGGAUCCCCAUGGACACACGGUGGAGAAAUUUUCCCCGAGCACCGCAGGAUGGCCCUCCUUCAUGCGGAUUCAUCCCAUCCUCUACUGGCACUACGCAGACAUCUGGAGUUUUCUUCUGCAGUUCAGCAUCCCAUACUGCAAGCUCUAUGACUGCGGCUACACCUCCCUCGGGGGCAAGCACAACACCGACAAGAACCACAUGCUGAGGCAGCGGGACGGGAGCUACCUGCCUGCCCACCAGCUCCAGCUCCUCGAGUCCGAGCAACAUAUGGAGCGACAUGCGCGCAAGGAGACGGCGGGGACGAGCACAGUGACGAGAAGAGGAGCGUCGCACUUCAAGCCAUGCUCAGUCGCGCUGAUCACAAUAGGAAAUGAAGUUUUGACGGGAAAGAUACAGGACUCGAAUACCAGCUGUGCCUGCAAGUACCUCCACGGCCUCGGCAUCUCAGUAGCACGAGUCCUCGUCAUCCCCGAUGAGAUUCAACUGAUAGCAGACGCUGUGAGGGAGUACAGCUCUCACCACAUGGCUGUGAUCACGAUGGGAGGUAUCGGACCAACUCACGACGAUCUGACGCUGGAGGCUGUUGGACAAGGUCUCGGAGUUGAAAUGGCUGAGAGCGAUGAGAUGCAGAGACUUCUUGCCAACCUGAAGAUCAAGCAGUCAAUGCAAUGCGCUGGCCGGCAGUUUCAUGCGAAACAAAUCCGUUGCACUCUUGACGAGCCAAGGCUAACCGACCUGCUGGGGGAAGUGGCAGAGGUGCUGGGAGGAAAGGAGGAGGAAACGUGGGAGGGCGGAAUUGAAGCGGGGAAGUUUGCGGGACUCGUGGAGAUAGGGUCCUAUCCUUACUUCGACAACUCUCCUUACAAGACGAUUGUGGUGCUGGAAGGAGAGGAGGAGGAGGAGGUCGACAAAAGUUUGCGCAUGCUGCUCGAUAAGAUCCCAACCGAGACCAUCACAGCUAUAGAGCAGCACGGGUCCCUUCCCGUCCAGUCAUGCUUGUAA